CUGCAAUCGUGCUGCUGCAAAGCUAACCAGACUUCUGGGUACUCCAUUCCGGUGCCAUCUUUCGCGUUCCUCGUCGUUCCCGAGGGGCGCCAGCGACCCCCAUAUCGUUCCUGUGUUCUCCAGGGUCAUAAUGACUUCUGAAUAUGUGGCGGGAUCCCUCUCGGCUCUCUUCGGCAAGAAAAGUCAGAAAUCAGAGGGAGCUCCGGUCAAGCUGAAACACGUCAAGCGAUUGUAUGAGGAGUUCACCCCAUUGAAAAAACCCCAGGAAAUCGGGAAUCGUCAAGGAACUCCGGCCAAGAAAAGGAAAUCCGAAGCUGGAGAAUCCGUCAUCGGAGACAAGCAGAAGGGGAGAGAGAAUUCCCUAGUCAAAAAACGUGCGAAACAUGGUCCACAAAGGCCUCCUCGAGAUGACCAAGGAGUUGAACCAAAUGACAAUACCCUCGGCGAAGAGGAUGCUACGAGUGGCGAGCUGACGAACCGUACGGCCGCUUUAAAACGGAUACGACGCAAAGCCUCGCUCAAACAGGAGCACGAUAAGGAAGCGAAAGAAGAAGCAAAGCGUGAUUUUCGUUACUACGAGGACGAUCCUGCUUUCAUACCGCAAACGAUAUUCGUGAAGAAUCUGCCCCCGAAAUCGCAGAGAAAACAUGUGAAGAGACUAUUCGAGAAGUGCGGAGAUAUCCUGUUCGUUAGGUUUGCAAAUGCGAUACCGGCGAAAGCUGGAAUCCCCGUGGAGGCUGCUAUAAAAAAACGUUCGCUCAUCAAGGAAGGGACCACCAUAAGCGCUUUCGUAGUUUUCAAAGACGCCUCUUCGGUUCAAACCGCGAUCGAUUUGAAUGGAAUCGAAUACGAGGGACACCACCUGCGUGUCGAUCGACGCGAAGCCUCAAACAUCCCUCAGAAGCGCAGCGUGUUCUGCGGGAACAUACCGUUCGAUACUACCGAUGACGCGUUGUGGGAUUUCUUCGAGGAAGCUGGCGCUAUUGAUUACGUCCGUGUAGUACGAGAUAAUGAGACAGGAAUCGGGAAGGGCAUAGCCUUCGUAGUUUUCAAGGACGCGUCCUCAGCCGCCCUCGCACUCGAGUUCUCUUCAAAGGAGUUUCAAGGGAGAGCGAUCCGGGUUUCAGCCAUCGAGAAGAGAAAAACGACGCUACCGUCGUCGAAGAACGCCUUGCUCAGCGGUUCGAAGGAGAAAAUCAGCAAGAGGAAGCUGGAGAAAAAGGCGAUCAGACAAGAGAUGAGAAUCAAUGGCGCCCCGCGCAUGAGUAAACAGAAGAAGGAGAAAAUUAAGAAGAGCAUCAAGCAGGAAAAGUUGAAGCGUGGGAAGAAGAAGUUCGCGAGGAAACUUCAGGGCGAAAACAAAUGAAUCUCGAGCCUGGAUCUGUAAAUUGUGUUAUUGGGUUCGAGAACUGGUCAUUUAACGUAAAACAUGUCAUUAGAGCUCUCGGCUCCAGGGCCGGCGAGUUGACUUGCGUAUCGAAUGAGAAAAAAGAUUUAUGAUCU